AUGCCCAAGAGCAACCAUGACCUUUUGCGCAUCUUCUGGCCGAACAACUUGGCUCGCUCAAGCGCACCCGGUGUGAUUGUCGGAUGGCGCAAUUCUGAAUCCGAUCUGUUUGUCAUUACGGUGCUAGAAGAUGUCGAGACACGCAGCGUUGAGAAUGCUCUGCGAGCUGGCACACUUUUCCGAAGCAGUCCCCAUCCAGUCGCACGUAUCUUCCAGGUAUGCGAUCGAUCGAACAUGCAUGUAUUGGGUACUGUGAACUUCCCAGAGCUUCCUACCACGUGGGACAGCACGAGAAUCGCAGUCUUUACAUCACUCAAGUCGUCCAAGCCUCAGAUAUAUUGCCCAACAAACGCCGAUUACGCCAUUCAGAUCGUGAUGUUCGACCCUCCAAAUCCCCUCAAAAUGCAGUACAUGUCACAAGAAGCAAUAUCGCUUUCCCUGGACGACAGCGCGCGGACGAGGUUCACGAACACACCCGGCCAACGCGAUGAGAUAGAAGAGGAGGAGGAGCAAGAGCGACGGCGCAAGGCUCAUCUCGUGUCAAAGCUCAAGUUUCACACCGUUGUUCGACGACAGCCCACUCGCCUGGAGGUCGCUCUUCCCGUUAUUCUUCGUCAAAUCAACUGUGUUCAAGAAGUGGCAGAGUUGAUCCAGAAAAACUCACCUCUGGUUGGCCCACGGCGCAAGCGAAGUAUGUCGGUCAGUGAGAGGGUGGUGGAAUCAGCACAAUCGCUGUACACCUUUGCGGCGUGGUCUCUAUGGACUUUGUUCAUGACCUCGGUCUACCCAGCCCUACUUUCGUUCUUCAAGGUCGCCAUAGUCGCACAUCGAAUGGUGGCCGAGGCGUUAUUGCAGGUCCUCGAGUGGCAUCUACCCAUUCAAUCCAUACAUCUGCCAGAUGGGCCUGUGCACGGAAAUGGACCUCUCGCGCUCAAAGACAUAUCAGCCUGCUGCCAACAGGUCCAUCUGCGGCUUGAGCAAUUUUCGUACUAUCCUGCCCAGUAUUCAGUGCUGCGCAAGAGGAACAACACCUGGUCUUCCAUCUCGGUCAACAAUGGUGACUACAUCCGGUUCUACAACUCCUUGUGGCUCGUUGCAAACGAUGUCAUCAUCGGCAUCGCGCUCGGCAGUUUCAUCAAUGAUAACGCGAAGGAAACCUCGGAAGUCUUCUCCACCGUGCUCAACGAGUACACAAUCGAGGGCUUGAAGCGUAUGAUCCGAUGGCUGAUGUCUUAUCCGGGAGGUCUGAAGCUCAAUACCGAGCUAGCGGCUUUCCUUGGAGAUCUAUUCCUCUGGGUUAUCGAGUAUUGGUCAGGCACAGUCAUCCACUACACCGUGCCACAUUUACCAACCGUGAUCUACUUCAUCGGGUUCUCCUCAUUCGCCGGAGCCUCCAUGCCCAUCGCCAUCUUUUCAGAUAUUAUCAGCUUGCUCACCAUCCACAUCUAUAGCUUCUACAUUGCCAGCGCUCGCAUUUUCAAUUGGCAGCUCACAAUCAUUAUGAGUCUGUUCCACUUGUUCCGCGGCAAGAAGCGAAAUGUCUUGAGAAAUCGAAUCGACAACUGCGAUUACGACUUGGAUCAGCUACUGCUUGGUACCAUAUUGUUUACGCUGCUCUUCUUCCUUCUUCCGACAGUGGUGGUCUUCUACCUCACAUUCGCCUUUGCGCGCAUGAGCAUCAUCACUAUCAAGGCUUCACUAGAUACAUGCCUCGCCUGUCUCAACCACUUUCCCUUAUUCGCCCUCAUGCUACGUAUUAAGGAUAGCCAACGUUUGCCUGGCGGCAUCCACUUCCGAUUGUCGGCUCCACCACCAUUAUGGAUUGGCCCAGGGCAUGAACCUGCACGUAAAGAAGCAGAACCAGAUGUGGACGAUCAGUCUCCCACCAAUACAGAGCCAUCGACUCUCCGGCCCAACAUUUCUUACAUCGCUCUUUCGUCGACGCCCCUUUCGCUCCGGCAGAUCUUCGAACAGUAUUUCCAGCUUGGUGGUCGCAUCCGAAAGCAUUACCUAUCCGCCAAGGUCAUUUUCCGGCUGCUGACUGGUAGAUUCGUCCCACCGCUGGGCCGUGAGGAAAUGUACGGGUUGCAGUACUCGGUGCUACCGAGGCAGAGGGUCGGGCUGGCAGAGAUGUGGAAGAUAUUGAAUGAAGCACAAGAAGAGCUGGGAAAGAGGGACGCUGGAGGCAUCCCAGCGUAUCAGAACGGCAACGCGGGAUCAGGGGUAGGCAUGCGAGGUGUUAUUGGGAAGCGAUGGCGUUAG